CAGCACCAAAGGGCUGUACAGACUCGGAAGACACGAACAGACGACCCGACCCUUAGGCAUUCUUGCCGACGAUGGUCGGCAGGUCCUUGGCGAGCUGAGAGGCCACACCUGCACAGACACACACACGUACACACACACACACAUAUGAAGACACGUCGGCGUGGUGCAGUGGGCCUCGUGUGUGUUCGGAGGACCUGUGUAUGAUGCAGGUGAAAGGUGCAUGAGUCGGUCCUCGUCAGCCUUGCCCAGGCCCAGGGACCUGACGAACUCGCGCAUCACACCCUACACACACAUACAACAGACACACACACACAAGGAUGGAUCAAUGCCUUCCUUGGUGAGUGAGUGUCUAGCUGUGUGAGGGCCACCUGAUCGACCGUCUGGCCUCGUGUCAGCGCCUUGAGCUUCUCGUAGGGGUUCUCAAGACCAACCCUACACACACCGGUGACACACAGUACACACAUCAAUCCAUCACCACACACACUCUUGCCCGCUGCCCGCCUCCCUCCCUGGCCUACUGACUUUCUCAUGACGGUCUGCACGGGCUCAGCGAGGAUCAUCCAGUUCCUGUCGAGCUCUGCCGCCAUGGCCUGCUCGUCAACAGCCACCUUGGACAGCCCCUUAAGGGUGCUCUCAUACGCCAGCAGGCUGUUGCCCAGGGCCGUGCCGAGGUUGCGCAGCACUGUCGAGUCGGUGAGGUCGCGCUGCAGGCGGGAAAUCGGCAGCUUCGAGCUGAACACCAGGGCACAAGCAAGGUGAGAGAGAAUGAGGGAAGAUGAAGAAGGUUCUCUUGUGUUGUGUUGUGUUGUGUGUGGUCAUGUGUCACCUGAAGAAUCUGAGCAGCGCGUUGGCGACGCCGAGGUUGCCCUCUGAGUUCUCAAAAUCUAUCGGGUUCACCUGAUGACAAAAGGCACAUGUAUGUGGGUGCUUGCCUCGAUGGCACCAAGGUGUGUGUGUGUGCGUGUGUGUGUGUGUGUGUGUGAUUGUGUACCUUGUGUGGCAUGGUGGACGAUCCGACUUCGUUGGCGAUGACUUUGAGUUUGAGUAGGUCCCGUGCGAUGUAGCUCCACAUGUCCAUGUUGAAGUCCAUCAAGGUCGUGUUGAACCGACUCACACCGUCACACAACUCUGCUCGAUGAAUCAGCCGACAGACAGACAGACAGACAGAGAGACCAAGCCAUCAACGCACCCACACACGGGAAGAGUUCUCCUGUGUGUGUGUUUGCGCACCGGCGAUGUAGUCGUGGCAUUCGAUCUGCGUCGAAUAGGGCUGAUACGUCAAACCCAGGUGGCCCUGACACACACACACACACACAACCACCACACACAGAUUGCCGCUCUCUCUUUUUCUCCGUCGCUGCCUCUCACCACUGCUCACUGACCUCAACGAGUGUCUUAGCGAGUUGUGGCCAGUCAAUGUCGGGGUAGGCCACGAGGUGCGCGUUGAAGUUGCCCACGGCGCCGUUGAACUUGCCCAUGUACUCGACCCUGUCGAUGUGACGCGACACGUGCGUGUGCAGCCUGUAGGCCACGUUGGCCAGCUCCUUGCCUGUGGGAACGAAGGAAUCACACAAAGCAGCAGCAGCGUGUCCGUGCAGGUGAGGCGCUUGAGUGUGUGUCGGUACCGAAUGUGGUUGGCGUGGCCGGCUGCCCGUGUGUGCGCGACAGCAGAGGCACGUCAGCACACUGACACACACAACACACACCAACAAGACAACGCCCACAUGAGCCAUCCUUUCUCCCCCCUCCCUCCCUCCCUCCCUCACUGACCUCGACAGCGAGGUUAGCAAUGGUGUGGAUGAUCUUGAUCAUUGCGGGUCGUAUGACGUUCUUGACGGCGCCCUUGAGCAUCAGCCCGUAGGCCAGGUUGUUGAUGUCCUCGCUCGUGCAGCUGAAGUGGAUGAACUCCUUGACGCCCUGCAGUGACGCCACACCGGCGGCAUCGAUCCGCUCCUUGAUGAAGUACUCGAUGGCCUUGACGUCGUGGUUUGUCACACCCUCUAUCGCCUUGACGCGCUCGGCAUCUGACGGGCCGAUGCCGCCCAGCUGCUGCAGCACCCCUGACGCACACACCGCAGCCAACAAAUGGGCAAGCUGAUGAAUGGAUGAGUCACUCUUUCUGUGGUGGUUGUGAUCUCUCUGUUAGGCUGACCUUUGCCGGCGGCAUCGAGAGGCGUGACUUCGGGGAUGCCGCUGCAGUCGGCCAUGGUGUGGAGCCACGCCAGCUCCACUUGGAUGCGAUGCUUGAUGAGCCCAUACUCGCUGAAGUACUCACGUAACGCCGCCGUCUUGGACGCAUACCGACCGUCCAAAGGCGACAAUGCCGUCAGAGAGGACAAACUUGACCCAGCGCCGUUCAUCAUUGCCAAAGAAAGUGCGGUUUUCAC